CUGAUACCAGUAAAAACAUCAACACACUUGUACUGUGAUUUUAUCCCAGUUUAUUUAUUUGAUAGUGAAUGGCACAAUUUACCAGAAUUUAUGGGUUGCAGGAGCAACCAUCGGAUCCUCCUGGAACCACAAAGUUACUUCGUAUUAAAGUUAUUAAAGGUGAAAAUCUAGCCAAGAAGGACAUAUUUGGAGCAAGUGAUCCAUAUGUAAAAAUAAGUCUGUUUCGUGGAGACAGAGAUACAGGGUAUAUAGAUUCAGCAAGCACAACAGUUAUAAAAAAGUCACUAAAUCCAUUAUGGCAAGAAGAAUUUGUAUUUAGGGUGAAUUCCAGAGAUAACAGACUGCUAUUAGAAUUAUUUGAUUCAAACAGAGUGACAAGAGAUGAUUUUCUUGGAUUGGUUGAGAUACCAUUAGGUAUUACUGGGGUAGCAACAGAAUCGCCAGGGGUUGAGAUCACACCUAAAAGUUAUAUCCUCAGACCCAGAAGUACAAAGUCUCGAGUGAGAGGAAGUCUUUGGUUAUAUAUAGCUUACUUACCAUCACCAGGAGAGGAUGCUACAGAGGAGACAGCCGCUGGAACAACUGAAACCACAAAUGAAACCACAACGGAGAAUCCUGGUUGGGAGAUGGUGGACAUGAACAAUGCUUUGAAUGAAGCAGGUGCCUCAGGACCUGUUAAUGAUGCUCCACAAUUACCACCAGGCUGGGAGAUGAAAGUCGAUCAAACCUCAGGCAGAAAAUUUUAUGUUGAUCAUAAUACUCAUAAAACUUCCUGGGAAGCACCUCCAAUGCCAGCAAGUGGAAGCAGUCUUCCUGACGGAUGGGAGGAAAGAAUGGAUGGGAAUGGACGUACAGUUUAUAUCAACAAAUUGAACAGAACAACUCAGUGGGAAAUACCAACACAGCCAGCAGUUAGACCAACAACACAGGAAACAGGGGAUGCCAGAAGGAGAGCAAAUAGAAUGUACAGACGACAUGUCAGUGUAGAAGAUACAAUCAGUUUAAAUGACACCUCUCCAGCAGCUUCUCCGAGUGCACCAGAGAGACCACCACUGCCAGCACAUAGACCAACAGAGGGUUUACAACCUAGAAGUGGUUCUCUGAGUCUACGACCUACUCAACGCCAUAGUCAUAGAACUGCAAGUAAUAGUAGAGACAGUUCUCCAGCCAAUACAGAUGAAGAGCCACUUCCACCUGGAUGGGGAAUGGGGACAGCACCCAAUGGCAAAGUCUUCUACAUUGACCAUAACAAUAAAACAACUUCUUGGGAGGAUCCCCGAAGAAUCAACAGAUCAGGAAGUAUGCGGCUCCAUUCUGUCAGUGACUCUCCUGGUGUAAUGCAAAGACCAUCAUCUAAUGAAGAUCUUUUACAAAAUUUAGGUCCUUUACCUCCUAGUUGGGAAGAGAGAACCCAUGCAGAUGGUAGAGUGUUUUAUAUUAACCACAACAAUAAAACAACACAAUGGGAAGAUCCAAGAUUAAAAAAAUUAGGUGGUCCUGCUGUUCCAUAUUCUAGAGACUAUAAAAGAAAACAUGAUUACUUCAGGUCAAAGCUUAGGAAACCACAAAAUAUACCAAAUAAGGUUGAUAUAAAAGUUACAAGAGAAAGAAUUUUUGAAGAUUCCUAUAGAGUAAUUUCAAGCAUUAAAAGAAUAGAUUUCUUAAAGGCCAGGUUGUGGAUAGAAUUUGAAGGUGAAGUAGGAUUAGAUUAUGGAGGUGUAGCUAGAGAAUGGUUUUAUUUAUUGUCUAAAGAAAUGUUUAAUCCUUUUUAUGGACUGUUUGAAAACUCUGCUACAGAUAAUUACACCUUACAGAUUAAUCCAUUAUCUGGAUUAUUUAAUGAGGAACAUUUAAGAUAUUUUGAAUUCAUUGGAAAAGUAGCAGGCAUGGCAGUUUAUCAUGGCAAAUUAUUAGAUGGAUUUUUUAUUCGUCCUUUUUACAAGAUGAUGUUAGGAAAAACCAUGUUAUUACCAGAUAUGGAAUCUGUGGAUUCAGAAUAUUAUAAUUCAUUAUGUUGGAUCAAAGACAACGAUCCUAUAGAUUUGGACCUAAGAUUUUCUGUUGAAGAGGACUAUUUUGGAGAGGUGACAGAAAGAGAAUUAAAGCCUGAUGGAGCAAACAUUGUAGUAUCAGAUAAAAAUAAACUGGAAUAUAUUCAUUUGGUUAUACUAUGGAGAUUUGAAUCGAGAAUCCGUGAACAGAUGGGAGCUUUCCUAAAGGGUUUCUAUGCUCUUAUACCUAAAGAUAUGAUUCAGAUAUUUGAUGAAAAUGAAUUAGAGUUACUGAUGUGUGGUUUACAAGAUAUUGACGUCAAUGAUUGGAAGUCCAACACAGCAUACAAAGGAGAGUACAACCCUAAUCAUCCUGUUAUUCUACACUUCUGGAAGGCUAUUUACUCCAUGAACAAUGAAACUCGUGCCAGAUUGUUGCAGUUUGUGACAGGUACAUCACGAGUUCCAAUGAAUGGUUUCAGAGAGCUAUAUGGAAGUAAUGGACCUCAGUUAUUUACCAUUGAAAAGUGGGGCAACCCUAACCAGUUUCCUCGAGCUCACACAUGCUUUAACCGCAUUGACUUGCCACCAUACAAUGAUUAUCAUGACUUAAGGAAGAAACUUUUAGAAGCAAUAGAGAACACAGAAGGCUUUGAAGGCGUGGAUUAGCUGUUUAUAAAACCAUAGGACUUUAACAUUACAAUGGGACCUGACCCAUAGUACUAUUAACAUUACAACAGGACCUGACCCACAGUAUUAUUAGUGCUAUUCAUUCCCAUGUUAGUGACUUGUUAAAUGUGAUAAUUGGGUUGAUGGAUUAAAGUCAGUAAAUAAGAAAGGGAUGUGAUAUAAACACUUUACAUCACAAGUGAACUUCUUUUAUUGUGUUGUAGAUCUUGUACUUAAGUUUUACUUUCUUUACAAAAAUACUAUGUAAUUACCUCAUGCAUGUGUUUUUAUACGACCGCAAAAAUUUUUGCGGUCGUAUAUUGGUAUGACGUUGGCGUCGUCGUCUGGCGUCGUCUGAAGACACAUUGGUUUUCGCACUCUAACUUUAGUUUAAGUGAAUGGAUCUCUAUGAAAUUUUACCAUAAGGUUCAAUACCACAAAAGGAAGGUUGGGAUUGAUUUUGGGGGUUAUGGUACCAACAGUUUAGGAAUUAGGGGCCAAAAAGGGGCCAAAAAUAAGCAUUUUUGUAACUUCCAGACAUAACUUGUGUGUUAGUGUAUGGAUCUCUCUGACAUUGUACCACAAGGUUCCAUAUCACAAAGGGAAUGCUGGGAUUGAUUUUGGGGGUAAUUGUUUCAAAAUAUUAGGAAUUAGGGGCCAAAAAAGGGGCAAAAUACAAGCAUUUUUCUAGUUUCAUGACAAUAACUUGUGUGAAAGUGUAUGGAUCUUUCUGAAAUUGUACUACAAGGUUUCAUAUCACAAAGGGAAAGCUGGAAUUGAGUUUGGGGGUAAUUGCCCGAAACGUUUAGGAAUAAGGGGCCAAAAAGGGGCCAAAAAUAAGCAUUUUUCUAGUUUCCAGACAAUAACUUGUGUUCAAGUGUAUGGAUCUCUCUGAAAAUGUACCACAAGGUUCCAUAUCACACAGGGAAUGCUGGGAUUGAUUUUGGGGUGAUGAAUCAUAAGGAGGUUCAAAAAAUUUGGGG